AUGUCCAUCCCCGAGACUCAAUGGGCGCAGGUGGCCGAGAAGAUCGGAGGGCCUCUUGUGCUCAAACAGAUCCCCGUUCCUAAGCCAGGUCCUGACCAGAUUCUCGUCAAAAUUCGCUACUCAGGAGUUUGUCACACUGAUUAUCAUGCCAUGAUGGGUCACUGGCCCAUCCCAGUCAAGAUGCCUCUCGUCGGUGGACACGAAGGAGCCGGUGUGGUCGUGGCGAAGGGAGAUCUUGUGAACACCUUUGAGAUCGGUGACCACGCCGGAAUUAAGUGGCUCAAUGGCUCGUGCGGUGAAUGCGAAUUCUGCAGACAAUCCGAUACUCCUCUGUGCGCCGAUGCGCAACUUUCUGGCUAUACUGUCGAUGGUACUUUCCAGCAAUAUGCCGUCGGAAAGGCCAGCAACGCCUCUAAGAUCCCAAAGGGUGUGCCUCUCGAUGCCGCAGCUCCAGUGCUCUGCGCUGGUAUCACCGUUUAUAAGGGCUUGAAGGAAUCCGGCAUUCGUCCGGGCCAGACAGUUGCUAUUGUUGGAGCAGGCGGCGGCCUUGGCUCCCUUGCACAGCAGUACGCCAAGGCCAUGGGUCUUAGAGUGGUCGCGAUUGAUGGAGGUGAUGAGAAGAGAGAGAUGUGCGAGCAGCUUGGCACUGAGACUUAUGUCGAUUUCACCAAGUCCAAGGACCUUGUUGCCGAUGUGAAGGCAGCAACCCCCGGUGGUCUUGGUGCUCACGCCGUUAUUUUGUUGGCUGUUUCGGAGAAGCCGUUCCAACAAGCCUCGGAAUACGUUCGCUCUCGAGGCACAAUUGUUGCAAUUGGAUUGCCCCCAGAUGCAUUCCUCAAGGCUCCGGUGAUUAAUACUGUCGUUCGUAUGAUCACUAUCAAGGGAAGCUACGUUGGAAACCAACAGGAUAGUGUCGAAGCCCUCGACUUCUUCGCCCGGGGAUUGAUCAAGGCGCCAUUCAAGCUGGCACCGCUGGCAGACCUCCCCAAGAUCUUCGAGCUUAUGGAACAAGGCAAGAUUGCCGGCCGCUAUGUGCUCGAGUUGCCGGAAUAA